UGCUCAUUCAGAUAGGUUCAAAGAUUUCCAGAGAAGCUUGACCAAAACUUUUCCCGGAGUAUGGGCGCCGCUCCCACCGGCCACCACGCAUGGCGCGCCACGGAAGCCCCGCUCGAGCGGACCAUCCCCACGCGGCGCCCAUGCGCCUCACCCGCGCGUCGUCGCGGCGUCACGUAGCGCAGGCAAGCCAGUUCGCCGCGGAUUGUCGUGAGGGCUUCUUUUUGACCUCGUUCCCUACCUCCAUCCAUCCACGCACGCCGCCCCCCACAUUGGGAGAGACAAAAGGCGGGACGCUGAUCGAGCUUCUUCUCGGGAUUUUAGGGUAUGUUCUUGCUGUGUUUUCCCUCCCCUGUAUUCGUGAUAACGGUGCGUUCUUGAGGCUACUUCGGUUUGCGCUCCACGUGUUCGGUGAAAUGCCUGUGAGAGAGGAGGAAGAUUCAAUUGCAGAUGCCAAACGGCCGCAGGUCUGUGAUUGUACCAGCCCAAAUAUUGCAUUCCUAGUUUCUCUUAACAAAUGCCACUCGAAUGUGAUGCCAAAGAGCCAAUAUUGACAACAAAUUAAUGUUGGCUCUUGCCUUGUGCACCACAGCAAUGAAUGAAUGACAGUUGUAUAAUAGUUUGUGAGCCAUAUGACCAAAUGAAGAUUAUAGUCAUAGACAUGAAGGUAAAACAACACGAGUGAUGCUCUUUGUCAUUUUCAUCCUGGAACACAUAUGGAGGACUAUUUUUCACGCAUCCUAGACCUUGCUUGGCAGUUACGACAUCAACUGACACGAUUAAUAGAACAUGUGUUUGGGUAUAUUGAUUGGAUCCCAGAACAUCAUGGAUUCCAGUUCUCUCCUUGUUAUAAAAGAUCAUUACCUGCCACCGAAAGAUACAUCCGUGGAGAGGCUCCCUUGCUGUCUGUCAGUAAUUCUACAGAAGACCAGACCCCAAAUGGACUAUCUGAAGCCAUUGUUGUCAGAAAAGGCUUGUCCAGUAUUUGUCAAAGGUUUCCCAGUUUUUUGCAUGACUUCAGAUUGGGACAACAGUUGGCAUUCCAUUUGCGAGAACUGUGCAGUGCUGUUGCAAGUGAAAUUCAUGCUAAACUAGCUAGGUUCUUACAUCGUUUCUGGACAACAUUACAGGGAUCUUCUAAAGAUAUAGGAUGGCUAAAAAGAACAAAAACAUUGCCUUGUUCAGUUGAUGGUACAGAUCGUUUCAAGGAGCUUUUGUAUGGCAUCAGAAAUGGCAUGCAUCAUCUUCCUAACACACUGGUUUACUUAUUCAUCCCUGGACUUUUUAGUAAUCACAGUCCACUUUACUUCGUCAAUACGAAAAGAAUCUUUUCGAAGAUGGGGCUUACUUGCCAUAUUGCAAGGAUUCAUAGUGAGGCAUCAGUGGAGAAAAAUGCACGGGAACUGAAAUUAUACAUUGAAGAGCUGUACUGGGGUUCUGGUAAACAGGUGUUGCUCCUGGGCCAUAGCAAAGGUGGAGUUGAUGCGGCUGCGGCGCUUUCGUUGUACUGGUCUGAACUCAAGGGCAAGGUUGCCGGACUGGCAUUGGUUCAGAGCCCAUAUGGUGGCACCCCAAUAGCUUCCGACAUCCUUCGCAAAGGCCAGAUUGCUGAUAAGGAGACAAGGAGGAUCAUGGAACUGAUAAUAUGCAAACUCAUCAAGGGUGAUAUAAGGGCCUUGGAGGAUCUCACAUAUGACAAGAGAAGGGACUUCAUCUCCAAGCACAAGCUCCCCGUGGACGAACUGCCGAUCAUCUCCUUCCACACCGAGGCCAGCACCGCCCCGACGAUGCUCGUGACAUUGUCGCGCGUCGCCCAAGCCGAGCUCCUCCCAUGGCUCCCAUUGCCGCGGUUCCUGUCGUCAUCGGAGUACGCCGAAUCGUUGCUCGCCUCUCUGAAGCUCCCCGUGGUCGUGCCGGCCUCGGCGGCCAUGGCCGUCAGCGCGCUCCACCUGAGGCUGCGCUACGGCGAGAGGAGCGACGGCCUGGUGACGCGGCGGGACGCCGAGGUGCCCGGGUCGGUGGUGGUGAGGCCGGAGAGGAGGCUGGACCAUGCGUGGAUGGUGCACUCCACGCUGAGAAAGGAUCAUGCCGAGGCUGAUGCCACUCAGAUGUGUGAAGCCCUGAUGGCCAUGCUCGUUGAGAUUGGGAGGAAGAAAUGCUGCUGAUCAUAAUCUUACAGUUUCUUGGUUAAAUUCAAGUUUGAACUUGAGUUUAAACCAAACUUAGGAUCCAAUGCCAUAAUCAUAGAUGAUGUUACAAGGCAGUUUACAAAUACAGAAUGAUUUCCACUUUGAAGGACCAAUAUAAAAUGCUCUUUAUUUCCCCCGAAAAAAAAUACUACAAUAUAUUUCGUGAUAUGCUGUAACUGCUACCAUCAUUUUUACUCCCAUUUAACUUUUAACAACUUCCCUUUCAAUGAAA